AUGGGAAUUCGUCAUUUGAUCACGUUCUUGCGUCCUUAUGCGACAACUCUCGAGUCUUUGGGUGGCCAUAAAGUUGUGAUAGAUGGCCCUUCCUUCGCUCAUCAGAUCUACUACAUCUGCCUACAAGCUUCACCAGGUGCAAAAAAUGCAUUAGAAGCAGCCCCGUCGUACAGAGAAUUGGUAAAUGUGGCUAUUGCGUGGCUUGAUGGCCUAAGGGAAAGCAAUGUUCAGAUAAUGAAGAUAUACUUUGACGGGUUCUUACCUCCAGGAAAGCUCGAAGUACGGUUGAAGAGGCUGAGAGAAAAUACAAACCGUCUGUCGAACUUUCAUGUUGCAUACAAAGAGCAAUGCAGGGAUUUCUCACCUGACAAUGCCAUGCCACAAUGCCUCGAACUUUUUCGGAAUCGAAGUGUACCUUCAUGCCUGACGACACUGCCAGCUUUACCAUUUGUGGUUCCCGCUAUUUUGGAAGCUUUGAAUGCAUCUAGCACCUAUAGGGGAGUCACUGAGACCGUUCCUGGUGAAGCAGAUCUGUAUUGUGCAAACCACCUGAAGAAAUAUGGCGGUAUCGUCUUGACCAGCGAUUCGGAUCUCCUGGUACAUGGCUUGGGCUCUAAGGGUGCAGUCAGCUUCUUUGGUGAUAUCGCACCCGUGGGUAACGAUGAACCAGACCAGCUUCGAACUCAGUGGUUCUCUCCAGCAGAUUUGAGUAUCCGGUUAGGGCUCCCGAAGUCCCACGGCUUGACUUCUCUGGCGUUUGAAAUGCACAUCGAUCCGCAUGGGAGUUUUCAAAAUUUGCUCAGCAAAGCCCGCUCUCUGAAGGCUGUUACAGAGCAACCACAAAUAUUUCAAGACUUUCUCAAGGAGUACACUGAAGUACCUGAUGAGCCUAUCAUCUCCGCUGAACAUGCGGGGACUGUCCAGGCUCUCAGAUCUCUAGAUCCACGGACCUCUGAAUACGUGCUCCAGUUCAACAGCCUUGCACUCAUCUCUGGACAGCCGCCGGUGAGUAGACAAGCUACUUCUGUGUCACCUCAUGUUUUUCUUCCAUUUCUACUUGAUUGUCCUGUUCGUACAACGGCCUGGGAGGUAUCAUCGGCUGUCAGACAGUUAGCAUACGGACUCGUCAACCUCAUUGUCCCUGACGAUGAGCAAGUCUCCUGGGUCUUUGAGCACCGGAAACAGAUCGAUCAAUCUAAGGGCCGUGGCUUGAACGUCGCUUCACUCUCUGAAGUGCCUGGAGCAUGUUUAUACUUGAUAGAGCGGUUUGAGCGUCUCCGUUUGAAGCUAUUAAACCUGAAGGAAAGCGAAGUCUGGAUUGCUGUUGCGUUACAGCAAGACAUAGAAUCGUCACACUCCAACUCCAAGACCCCUUCAAUUCAGCUCUUCAUACAGGCUUGGGGCAAACUUGAAUGUUCAGACGUAAAAGGGAGCUUCAGCUGGGACGUCGUCCAUUUCUUCGCUCAACUGCAGGCCACGUUAUUCUCUCUUCGGAUGCUCAAACAGACCUCCAACAUAGUCAUCGCAACCCGUUCUACCAAGAUCCCAGACUCAUUACUCAGACUGAAUCAGCUGUUGGAUUCUCUUCCGGCAUUGAUUGAGUACCCGAAUAAUAGAAGUGCGGCUUCGAUAUCCAGGAAAUCUGAAACCGCAACGUUUCUUGCCUUCAUCAAGCGAGUCCUGACCGCCUUGGAUUAUGAUUGCCAGCCACGAGUUUGUUUGCCAGCAGCCAAGGAGAAUAAGGCGUCCAAGAAAAAGCGGAAAAGAGAGGCAGCAGCCACUGAUACACCUGUCAGCAAAAUAAGGUCGAACAACCCGUUCGAUGUGCUUGGAGAUGACUGGUGA